CUACGCUGGAGGCAUCAUUGAAGCGCGCCUGUUGCCUCCUGUUCGCCCAGCACGCCCGAUCAUGUGGAUCAGAUUUGAAACCUUGAGAACACAUAGCAGACAGAGACACGACGUCCAGCUGCCCUUCUCUACCUCCCUGCCUCCAAAGAGAGUACCUGGCCCAUGGUUUUCGUGACGCUCGAGAGAUCACGCGGCAUAUCGAGGGACCCCCUUGCCGCCGCCGCCCGUGCGCCCGCUCCCGCUGCACUGCCUCCAUACUCGCUCGACUGGACGGCACCCCGCGGCGAGGAGGGGGGCUUCAACACAGAGCCCCUCCCUUCCUGGCUCGACGACAGUACCGCGGAGGCAAAUCCAGCAGACAGUUGCUGGCCGCCAGUGGCCGAUGACCGCUUGACGCUCGUUAUGGACACCGGCGCGCCACCUGCUGUCUGUUGCCUGCUCAUACGUCUGUGACGCUCCUCGAGGGCGAAGAGCUGCUCCAGGAGUAUGCGCAGCUGCCGGAUCUGCGGCAGGGGAGGAGGGAUAGGACAGAGGCAUACAAAUGAAACCAUCGCCCAAGAGCAUGUCUCGGUGUCAAAUACCUUUGUGGCGAUUUGUUUGCCCCUGAGCUGUCUCAUGACUUCGACAGAUUUGCGGCGCAUGCCCGCGGCCAUUCGUGCCGUGGGGCUGAGCUCCGAGCCCGAUGCAGAGGACUCUCCCUCGCUGUCCUCUUCGAGACCCAUCGUGACCUUGCGGGCAGCCCCCGCCGACGACAACGGGCUUGUAUCCUCCUCCAUCGCAAGCGACGCCCUGCAAACACGCGCAAGCAUACACGUCCACCUCGGGCUAAGGUGCCUUGUCUCCUCUUCUAAGCAGCUGCCUGACCGCCGCUUUCUCUCUUCGCUCGAUCUGCGGGCCUUCUGUAGCCAUUCCUUGCCGGCCUUGAUAGAGCUCCUGCGUUCCUUGAUGCGCUGGCCCAUCUCCAUCUCCUUCUCCCUUUCCUUCUGCUGCCUCUCGAGCAGCUCCUGCUGCUUCCGACGCAGCUCCUCCGCACCCUGCUGGAACUGACGCUGAAUAAAGAGACAGACGGGAGCGAGACAGAAGGAGACACGACACGCAGGACUAGCAGGAAGGCGAUGGAUAGGCGCUCUCCCUUGUCUCUCACCCACCAGUUGGUCGCCGUAUAGUGCGGCUUCCUUCUGCCUCCUCUUGGCGUCCAAUCUCUCCUUGGUCUUCUUAAGCUGCCUCUGACGCUCAAUGUCCAGUGCCCUCUCCAGCGCCUUGACCUCGGACCGGUGCUGCUCCAGGAUGCGCCGCCUGAGGUCGCCGUCCAUCUCCUUGACACUCUGCAGAUACCGCUCCUGGGCCUGUUGACGCUCCUGUAUGGCCUUGGCGCGCUGCUCCUUGAGCCGCUGGUCGGCCUGCAAUGCGGCGCGGUCGCGCUCCUUGUCCAUGCGCUCCUGCAGCUCCUUCAUCUGCUGCUCGAUCUGCCUGCGGGCGUCCUCCUCCUUCUUGCGCAUCUCGAGCUCGAUGGCCGCCAGCUUGGCGCGCUGCUCCUGCCGCCUCUUCUCUCGCUUUGCGUCUAAUGACUUCCGCUCCUCGUUUGACUCGAUGAUCCACUUCUUGGCCUGCAGGUUGCCGCGAGUGGCAAAGUCUUGGAGGCCGGUGAUGAGCUCGUUGAGCUGUCUGUCGCGGAGGUUCCAGACGUCCUCCUCCUGCUCCUUGCCGAUCUCCUCACCCUCCUCCUCGACGGCCUUGUCGAAGUCCUGCUGGAUCAUGUCGCGGAACUCUUUCUCCUUCUGCUGCCGCUCUUGCUCCAGCUCCCUGAUCUCGUCUGCAACCGACCUUUUCUUGAGCUCCAGCUCCUCCUCGCUCUCCUCGUCACUCUCAUCGUCCUCGAGGCCUUCACCGAGCGCAUCGGAACUCUUCGGCUUGGCUCGCUCGAGCGCCCUCUGCAUCUUUUCUUGUCUUUCUUGCUCCCUUUGCUGGACCAAGACCUCUUUCCUGCGCUCGUACUCUUGGUUGAACUCGAUCAUCUUGGCCUCCUUCUGCCGCUGCUGCUCGUCAAUGAAGAAGCGGAGCUUCUCCGUUCGUUCCUUGUACUGCAAGGCCACGCGCCCCUGCAUCUCCCGCUGAUGACGCUCUGAGGGCAGAAGACAGGCCAAGAUGCACGAACACUUGUCGUUAGUCGUGAACUGUCAUGUCUCACCUCCCAUGGCGGCCUUGAGUUUGGCGACAAUUUCGUCCAAAUUGCCCGUCUUGGUAACCAAUGCGUUCUUGAGGUCCUCCUCGGCCUCGCGCUGCAUGUCGCUCUGCAGCUCCUGCUUCUCCCGCUCCAGUUGCAGCUUCUUCUCGGAGAACUCCUUGUCUUGCUGGGCUUUGAGCUUGGCCUGCUUCUCACGGGCGGCCGCCCGGCGAGCGGCGAGCUUCUCCUGCAGCUGUUCCUCCUGCCGGGAUCGCUCCUUGCUGACGGUCUCUUCGAUCUCGGCCAUCUUGCGGUUGUGUUCCUCGAGCAGCUGGCUCUUCUCUGCGUCUGUUGUGGCGUUGGCGGUCUUGACCUUGAGCUCGACCUCCAGCUUGACGCGCUGCUUCUCGACCUCCUGCGCCGCCUUAGCCUUGACCUCAUCGAGCUCCUUCUGCGCCCUUUCCACCUCCUUCAUCGUCCCAGAGUCGGUCUCUUUCGUCUCCCUGCAGCACAGGACAACACAUGAUGGCCCACCAAUCAACUGGAGACACAUGUCUCUCGAUCGGUUAGCCUAUCUCACUGUUUGUGCUUUUCUUUGAGCUCCUGCAUUUCCUCCUUGAACUUGUCCUCAGCCUGCUUCAUCAUCACCAUGGCCGCGGCGUUCUGCAGGCGGGCCGUCAGCUCGCUCACCGCACCACCACCCUCACCGACCCUCCCACGAGCAAACACCUCAUUGCUAAUGGCCUGCUCCUCGCGCUUCUGGGCAUCGAGCUUCUCACGGACUUCCUGCACCCACAAAGCAAACAGGAGCAGUGUAAUGGAUGCCCAUUGCUGUUGUUGUGACGUGAGCGCCUACCUGUCUCUCGACGGCCUGUUCGCUCUUAAGUCGCUGCUGCUUGGCGGCCUGCUCGGCUGUGAGUCGCUGGCGGCGCUGCUCGAGCUUCUGUUUGAGCUGCACCUGUUGCUUCAUCCGCUCCUCCUCGAUAUUGUCGGCCUGUCGGGCCAUCUGCGAUCGCCACUGCGUGAUAAUGCGUUCCCGCUCAGCCUCUUUCGUCUCCAGCUCGUCACGGCCAUACCCCUCCUCGUCUCUGAACAUCCCCGAGGCCACGUGCCGGCCCAUAGAGCGCUGGAUGCGGCCGUGAAUGUCCUCAGCGGCCUCGCGCAACCUGAACAAAGGAGGUAAGCAAGUAUCUGGCGUGCACGAGGAAGGAAGGGGAGUGUCUCUCUCGACGUACUUUUGUGCCUGGAGUUGCUCCUCCUGAACCUGCUGCUGAAAGGCCUCGUUGCGAAUGUCUUCCUGCAGAGCGCGUUUCUCGGCCUCCUGCUGCCUCUGCAGGUCGGCUGCCACCCGCUCCUGCUCCUGCUGGGCCUUCAGGGCGUCCUGCUCAGCGGCCUGCUUGGACUUGAGGGCAGCCAUGCGCUGUUCGCGCUGCUUGGCAAUCCGUGCCAUCAUGUCGCCCUCCUGCUUCAGCCGCUCUUGGUCGAGGAGGUCGUUGAGGCGCGCGAUGUUUUGUUCGUGCUCGGCCAGGAUCUGCUGACGCUCCUGCUCUUGCAGGACAGGGUCGGUGAUGGUCGCUUCCAGCUCCUGCAACUGCUCCUUGACUUUGGCGUCCUCCUCCAUCAACGUCUCGUUGCGCACCUGUACACACACGCUCAUGGCGAUACAAGAAAUCCAGUCUGUGGCUGUUCUCCGACUGACCGCGUCGAGUUGCAGAGCCAGCUCCUCGUUCUGCCGCUUGUCCUCCCACUGCAGCUGCUCGCCCAGCGCCUCCUCGUCCACACCCUGCCGCACUACCAACUCCGCAGCCUUGUCCUCGUCAGCCAGCUGCCGGGCGGCCGCCACAGCCUCCACCUUCUGCGCCGCCAUGAGGGCCACCUCGCCGGCCUGUCGCUCCUGCAUGGCGGCCAGCUGCUUGAGAUACUCCUCAUCAAGCAGGGCGAGCUCUUCCCGAAGACUCUCGUCGAUCUCACGAGCGGCCUGGGCACGGUGCUGCUCGAUUUCCGUCUUGAGCUGGUCGAUGGUCUCCUGAAGGGCUGCCCUCUCUGCCGGAUCGGUGGUGUCCUGAAGCUGGAGCUCGAGGCGCUUGAUGUCACUGUUCAUGGCUGCCUGGUCGGACACAAUGCUGAGAAAAGAGAAGGGGACGAGACACAGUGAGAGGGGAUGAGACAGCCUUUUCUGCGCUUACGCUUCGUUGAGCUGGAGAUUCUUGUCCCGGUUCAGGUCUUCAAUUUUUGCCCUGUGUUCGCUUUCCAGCUCGGCGCGGUCUCUCUCGUGUCGGUUGAGCACCUCACUCUCCGCUGCGGCGAUCUGCUUCUCCUUCUCCAGAUACGCGACAUCGCCCUCCUGACGCUUCUGCAUCGCCGCCUUUCUGAAAUGUCAUCACAGAGGUGCGAUAUGCUGUGCGUUGCACGUGUGCUGCCGCGCCUGACCUCUUUUCCAGCCGCUCCUUCAUUUUGCGUUCGAGCUGCUCAAGCUGCGCGUCCCUCUCUCUGUUGAGCAUAUCCUCCAUGCCGUGCAUCUGCUGCUCAAACUCGGCCUGCAGCCUCUUGCGCUCGGCCUGGGCCUCAGGGGUGUUACCCUUGACGUUGUCCAAGGCCUUCUGCAGCUGAUUCUUCAUCUGCUCCUUCCGCAUCUCAACACGAUCCUUGUAGAGCUGCUUCAGCGUCUCGGCUUGUUUGCGAUUCUGCAGGGUGGUUGCGUCGACGAGGGCUGCCACCUCAUUCUCGUGCUGCGCCCGGGCCUCGUUGAUCUUGGCAUCGAUGAGUGUCCCGUCGGCAUUGACCUUGGCCGCCUGGUGGCCAGAGCGGGUGCGAUCUUCCUCCUCUUUCUGCUUCGAGCGGCGCUCAGCUGCACAUACACCACAAUACAUGGCGUGCAUAUUGACCAAAUUGUGUGUGGCCAGUGUGGCUGUGUUGACCGACCAGCUCUUUGUGCCAUUUUGGCCUGCAGCUGCUCGAAUUGUCUGAGGCGUUCCUCCUCGAGCUGCUGCUCCAACAGCUGACUCUGCUCGGCAUACUCAGCCAUAAUCACCUCUUUGGCUGCCUGAUCAUCGCCCGCCUCGUCCAGACGCUGCUGAUAGGUCUUGGCGAGCUCGGCGCGUUUGCGAUCUCCCUCUGGACACGGAAACGGGAAAGAAUACGUCAUCUUGUAUCAAGGGAGACACCAUUUGGUGCUGUUGACCUGCGAGCUGGUCGUUUGCGAUGGCGACGGCCUCCUCGAGAUUCUGCUGCGCCUCUUCCCGCGCCUCCUGAAGGUGUCGGUCCUUUAGUCGGUUCAUUUCGUCGGUCUGUCUUGUCUCCUGCUCUUCCCGCUUGUCCUCCUUGUCGGACCGCUCUUCCCUCGCCUCCUUGAGAUGCUGCUGGCGCUGCGCCACCUGCUCCUUCAUCUCGUUGAUCUUCUUCUCUUUCUGAUUGCUGAGAUCGUCCUGCAUGCGGGCGAUGAGGUCGUUAUACACCUCGAGCAGCCGACGGCGCUCCCUCUCGUCCUGUGUGGUGGCCAGGGCGGUCUCGAUCUUGUUGAGCUGGUCCACUUGGUUGGUCUCCAUUUGCAGAGACUGCUCGAGCAUCUCAAGGUGGUCAACCACCUCACCACCUGUGGAAAUGAAAGUCAGACGGGCACAGAGGAUGGUGCGUGAAGACAUCGCUUACCGCCGAUUUGUUCGAGGAAUGACUCUUCGGCCUUCUCUGGCUCCGCCUCCCGAAGAAUGUCGGGCGAGUAGAUGGGGUCGAUGCGGCUGCUGAGCUCCGUCAAUAGACCCUCCUCUUUGCCCAGUGUCACCCCAAUGCCCUGAAGCCGUCGGCAGGACAUCAUUCAUUUAAAGACACGGCACUUGCCGGUUCUGCACACCCACCUCCAUCUUGGCAAGCGCCUCAGCGAUUCGUUCCAUGAGUGCAUUCCGCAGCGCAGCGGCUUCGUCGAGAAUGGCGUUGCUCUCGUCCUCAAUCAACUGCUCCUGGUCGCCGAACCUCUUGCGAGCCUGACGGUGAAAACCACGCCCGUGUAUGCGUCUUUUCAUCUGCCCUCAGCUCACGUACAUCUUGGUGGUGCAUCACGAGUUUCUCGUAAGCGGCCUGGAAGAGUCGCGGGUCGAUUACCGACAGCUGGUAGUCCUUGAGGUAUGGCUGCAGGUCAUCCGGGCCCAUGGCCGUCACGCGCAUCUUGUAGGCCUCGUAGGCCGCCUUCAGCUCCUCGUCCUUCUCCGCAUAACCUUUAUAGGCCAAGGCGACGAGACGCGCACCUUGUCUCACUGAGCUAGGCCCUUUCCUCACUCACUGACCUUUGACAAUGUCUUCCACAGCGACCUUUGUCUUGUCGAUGGCGUUCUUUUUCACGCCAAAGGACCAAUCCUGACCGGCGAGGCCGGCUUUGAGCCUCUCCUUGAAGACGAGCUUCUUGAGAUACGUAGAGAGACACAUGAGGACGAGCACCAGCCCGAUAAGGCCGCCCAUGAGACAGCCGAUGAAGAUCACAUUGGGCAGCACAGCCACCUCCUCGCUCUGAAGGAUGCGGAAAUUCACCAGAGACUCGAUGCUCUGCGGCUGUGGCACACUGACAAACAAUCAGCAAAGCACAAAAACCAUUGUCAAUACCAGCUGUCUCUCUCGCUCACUCUGCAGCGCACGAUUGCCCCCUGGGCAGGACGGCAAUGACGGUCUGAUGCGCAGUGUUGCUGCUCGCACCAAACACAAACACACCCGGCUGCUGGAACGUGUACGCGAACAGCUGAAGGCACACACAUGUAUACGACACACAUGAGCAUCUGGCAUGUGUGUCAGUCAGUCAGUCAGUCACUAUCAGUCACCUUGAGGUCGGGCACCUCACUGGAUAGCUCCAUCUCCUCCUGGAGUUUGAGGAAUGGCGCGACGUCGAAGUUUGGGUUGCUGUUGAGGAGGGAGUUGGAGAUGUACACGGGGUAGACGCGCUCGAUGAUGGACCAUAUCAUGGUGCUGCCCAGCUCCAGACACUGAGUGGGAUCAAGGAUCGACGGGUCGCCUGACAACGACGAGGCGAGGUUGGGGAAAUACGCCACCCGAGUCGCGCUGAAGAAACCAACAGUGUCUGUCUGUGUCCAUGUCUUGUAUCGCCCGUCGCCUGUCUCACUUUUGUGUCUGCAGCCGUCGCUCCUGGUGCUCUUCAUCCAUGAGGUAGUGGUCAUGCUCGUCCUCCAUCAGAAUGUCCUUGAGCAUCCGCCUGUCGGUCCCCGCGGCGGAGACUGCCUGGACGGACCGUUGGUACGCGUACCCGAACUCGUCGUAGCGCCGGUAGUGGCCCAGCAUCUCGAUGCCACUCGACGCCAGCCGCCGCGUCACAUUGCCCGUCGUGCCGUUGGCGCCGUCGUUGGUGCAAUCUGUGCGCCGGCAGUAGUCCUCGAGCAGAUCCUCGAGCAGCCCUGACGAGAGCAUCCACCAUGCAGAGAGUAUGCGUGUUGGUCGUCUUCCUGCCUGCCUGUGUACCAGUAGGUGAGCCGAAGAGCCCCUGAAUGCCCGCACCGCUGAUGGCCUGGAAGCUGACGGUGCAGUUGAUGGUGUCGGUCAGUGUGACAAUGUCGUCGCCCAGCAGGUCGCACACGAGUUUGCCGGAGAGCACGCCCCCGGUGAAGAGGGUGAUGAGGGGCACGGCCAGCUGCUCACCAGUGGUCCUGUUGACAAACACCAGCUCCUCGCCGCGGAUGUACAGCUCGCUCAUCUCAUUUCUGCAACAAUACACGCGACACAUUCAUCGCACGUCUGUCUCUCACACUCCUUUGUCUACUCACCGGCACUGCUCGUCACACACGAUGUCAGGAUUUUCCUUGAGAUCGCAAUCGCACACACCGGUCUCGACGAGGAGCCUGCCGCGCCCCUCAGGGCAGUUGGGGCAGUUGCCGAGGUCCUCACACUCGCCCGUGAUGCUGUCUCGUGCUGUGGUGUCCAUCUGGUAGAUGCCUGAAGUGCGGGGCCCAUCACAUCGCGGCAGCACUAUGGGCUGGCACUCAAUGGGCGAGUCCACUGUAGAAGCAUCGUUGAGCUCCUCAUCGUAGAAGCGGUAGCUGCAGACGGAGUGAGUGGAAUAGAGGAGGAGACACGUGUUUCCGUUUGCUUGUGCUUUACCCGGGUCUGCAUACGCAUCGGCCGUCGAGUAUCUGGUACGCUCUGUUGGCCCCGACGCAGUCACAUGUGGUGGCCCCUUCCGUCGAUGUCGAUGUCAGGCCGCACGGCAAGCAACCAGUCUGGACCAACAGCACAGCAAAUAAUAUCUCUGCUAAAUGCAUGAUCGGCCCACCUACCUGUCCGCUGCGGUGAUUGAAAUUGCCAGCCGUGCAUUUCCUGCAGUCGGUGACGUUCCUUCUCCCCUCUUGGUCGUUGUAGGUACCCGGGAUGCACGGGAAGGGCCAGGCGCUGCCCGUGGGGCAGUAGAACCCCACCGGGCAGAUGUAGCCGUUAUUGAUGGUGGUCUCGACUUCAGGCGGAUCACCGAUGCUUCUGAUGGAGAGGGCUUCGACCUCCUUCACAAUGAUUGAGGUGCCGCCUGCAUUGACGGAACGGGGCGGCAGAUAGAGAUGCGUGACAGCUUGGCCUUCGGGGUGUGUGCUAUUUCCCCACCUUCACAGACAUAUCCCGGCUCGCACGGCGUGCAAUUGAGCGAAGCCGUCUCGUUCGUGUAGUAACCCUGCCAACCAACCAACCAACCAACCAACCAACGAAAAGCAUGAGUACACGGCCAUGUCUCAUGCCCCCAUGCACUCACCCAUCCCUCUCACCGGCGGGCAGUCUUCGCAAGCCACGUCCUCGCUGGAACGGUUGUAGAUCCCCAGCACGGCCCUCUUACCCACAGGGCAAGGCUCAGGGUAUGCGGCAUACCCUGAGGACAUGCCCUCACAGAAGUAGCCUUGCGGGCAGUCGAGAGGGAAGGGCGAUUCGGGCGGGCAGUAGUAGCCUGGUGGGCAUGGCUGCUCUGCCCCCGAGUUGACGGGGCAAAAAGUCCCGCCCGCACAGGUGAUUGGCUCAGCCUGAACGGCGGAUUGUUCGUUGUGUAAGCGUUGUUUGUCUGUCUGUGUGUGUAUGUGUGUACGCACGUACGCCCAUGACUGUGAAUUCCUCGGUGCCGUCGUUGGGCGUCAGGGCAAUGCCUUGGACCGUGGAGGCGUCAGGGCAAUACUUUGGACGUGGUGGCACGUCAGGGCAAGUCAAGGUGACUCUCAGGAUCCCUGUCUCGGUCGGUUGAGAAGGUGGCCCUAGGAUGUCUUCCGUUUCUGGAGGGCGGCGGACUCCUUGAUUGAAGACCAAUCGCGAAGAGUACCGCUGGCCGCUCUCUAUGAUGUCGUCGUAUAGCGUGAUCGUCAGCAGCGACACACUCACUGAGAACUGCACUCAUCAGCCACACACACACACACACACACACAAAGAGACACGCAUAUGUACACGUAGACACAAACACAUGUACAGCCAUACAUACACACACAGCCAAACAGUACAGACAGACAGACAGACAGACAAGAGCGUCCAUCCGUGCUCUCUCUGCCUGUCGUCCCUAUCUCAGCCAGCCAGCCAGCCAGGCAUCGAGCCCCUAUCGAGCCAGUAGGCUGGCCACAAUACGUAGACGUAUACAUACAGACACAGACAUACCUUCUUGGCUGUGAACUCCUGUUGCUUGCCGCCAAUGAGUGUGAGGACAACGCUGUCGAUGGUGUUGGGAUGGACUUCGGGCGGGAAAGGAACCUCAAGGACGCCCUUCGCCGUGGACUCACCCUCGCCGCCCUCCAUCUCCUCGAGUGGACGAGGCGUCUCUUUGGACGGCGUCGGCUGCUUGUAGACCAAUUGAAGCGCAUAUUGCGUCGAUGGGUCGAUAAUUCUGUCAUCCACCAGCGUGACCGUCAGCUCGCGAUCCUUCCUUACGUACACAAUCUGAACCAACGAAGGAGCCAAAUAGUGAGUGAGCGAGUGAGUGGUCAACUGAGCUCGGCCGAGUGCAAACAACGACCGACCAAGGAUAGAUAGGAUGUACCGUACUGUACUUGCCUGCCACUUGUGUAUGUGUGUGUAUAUCUGUGUAUGUGUAUGUGUGUGUGUAUGUGUCUGUAUGUGGUUUGGUGGCUGGCUGCAGUGAUGUCCUUACUGUGUCGGGGGGGCAGUAAGUGCCGUUCGGACAGCUCUCGUAGACGGCGUUGAGCGUCCGGCUCGCGUCACAGAAGAACCCUGAGAAAAAUCAACAUACACACGGACACAUUGCACCACUCCCACACGAGAGACAUGUCUCACCAGCGGGGCAAGGGUCGCAUCCAGUCACAUUGGCCGCCCCCGUGAAGUUGGCCAAUGUGCCGACCGGACACGGCUCUGGUUCGAUGGUGCCGCAAGCAAAGGGGUCGGGGUUGUCUGGCAUUCCGCAGACCGAGCUUGGCAAGGGGGAGGUGCAGUAGUGCCCCACCGGACAGGGGUAGUUGAUGUAGGUGGGGUGGCCGUCCAUCGGGCAGAAGUAGCCGGCCGGGCACGGGAGGCAGAACGAUAUGUCGGUGCCGUUGGAUCGGUCGUUGUAGGUGCCCUUGGGGCACUUAGUGGGCCGCUGCGAAGGCUGAGGGCAGUAGGUGCCAGGCGGGCACAGCUCGGGUAUCUACGUAUGCAAAGGAGUCGAUACGAGCCGAUUUCCUUGUCGUAUGUGUGUGUGUGUGUGUGUGUGUGUGUGUGUACGCACUGUCAUGUGCUUUGCACAGUAGGAUCCAGCGGGACACUUGAUGCAGUCCUCCCGUUUCGAUGCGCCUGGCUGGAACCGACCAGUGCCCGGCUCGCAGGGCACAGGCUGCACAACACACCACACAGAGAGCGAGGGAGAGAUGUAGAGAAUUUGCCAGCACACCAAGAUCUCUAGCUACUGCGGAAGAAAAUGACCUCGAUGGUGCCCUCGGGGCAGUAGUGUCCGGACGGACACAGGCCGCCAUACUGGAUGCCAAUCACGCCAAAUUGCUCGUUGUCACUAAUAUUCAGCCCCGGUCUGGGCGAAGGCCCCACUCCUUUGAAGCACACGUAUCCUGCCUCACAGGGCCCCAUCAUCUUCCCCUGGUCGCAGUACUGCGACUGCCACACGCGUGUCGUUUGAUUGUACUUUUUCUCGCACUCGGUGCACUCUGCAUCUUCCGCCAGGUUCUUGACUGUGAAAGAGGUGUAGCUGCCCGGGGGGCACGGUUGGGGGUCUGCACCGCCUCCCGGGCAAUACAGCCGAUCUGGGCAGGGCUGGUAGCGUGAAUGGCCCUCUGGCUGGCAGUACGUCCGCGGGGGGCAGUCAUUGCACUGCUCGAGACCUUUGACGUCGGCGAAUGUGUUGUUUGGACAUGGGAAGGCGGUGUCUGUCCCGUCGGGGCAGAAGCUGCCCUCGGGGCAUAUGUUGCCCGUAAAAAGAGGGGGGGCGGUGCGGUCCGUGGGAUGGCUGCUCUUGGCCCCUCCCACACAGAAGUACCCCGGAUCGCAAGGCCCGGUGCCGGUCGGGUUCGUCAGGUUCGCAUCGCCGCAGUAACGGCCGGGCGGACAGGAGGUGCAAGCAACCGUCUCGUCCGACUGAGCCGUCUCGUUGCCAAAGGUUCCGAACGGACAUGGAAUCGGAUUGUCCUAACCACAAACAAAGAAAGAUAACGCCAAAUGAUCGUUGGCUAUGUGCGGUUCGUUUGUGGACUCGUUGACUCCCUCACCGUGCCCUGUGGGCAGUAGAAUCCGACCGGGCAGAGCCCGCCCCCCACCGGCCAGCCCUCGGGCGGCGGCGGCCACACCACUAUGAACUCAGGACCCGUGUAGACGGGCGGGCCCACCGUGGGGGCGGCGGUGGUGGUCACAGGCGGGAAGGGUGUGGUGGGCUGGGUGUAGUUGGCAUGGAAGGGCUGGGGGUCCUGCGACCCCUCCAUGCAGAUGAAUCCGGCGUCGCAGGGGCCCGCGGGGGACGACUGGCCGUCCGUGUCGCAGUAAUAGCCUGCCAGACACAUGCAGAGAUCACAGUCGCACGAAGACACGGAGAGACAUGGGUUACAAAGGCAGGGAUGCCGACCUCUCGGGCAUAUGGAGCAAUCGUCGGGUGAGGUGAGGGCUUCGGCGUCAGCGAACGUGCCAGGUGGGCAGGGGAUGGGGGUCGUGACGUUGAAGGGGCAGUAGUUGCCUUUGGGGCACACGAACUCGGUCCCGUUCGACAUGGCUGGGGAGAGAGAAUACAUGAGCGCAUGACGGAAGGUCGAAGCGCGACGCAGCUAUGUAUUAUACAUACCAUCAACGUUGCAGUAAAAGCCUGCGGGACAGCCGAGACACUCACCCAGGCCCUGUCAGCAGAUAUAAAGUUGGCAGAGACACCGUUGACUGACACGAUUAGCUCCCUCUUCGACUUACUCACCUCGGCGUCGCUAUACGUGGGCGCAACGCACAAGAGCUCGGUGAGAGUGCCCGCUGGGCAAUAGUAGCCAAAAGGACAGAUAAUGCCCUGCACCGGGGGAGAGGGAAUGUUGACUGUCGGCGUGGGGGUCUCCGAUCUAUUGUAGCACACGAAGCCCAUGUCGCAGGGGAUGGGGGUGCCCGUCGACGAACAGAAGAACCCCGCCGGACAGUCGCCGCAGUCCCCAGGGACACUGGACCCUGAUGAGGGCACACACCAACCCUCAACAGACACUCACAAGAAAAUGGUCUCACUCCCUCCCUCUUCUCACCUUCUGGUGAGCCAGUGGUGCCCGGUGGGCAUGGCAAGGGAGCCGCCGAGCCUGCAGGACAGUACAUGCCCGAGGGACACUCGCGACCAGGGAUGCACGAGACGUUGGCCGCGCCGGCCGCUGUGGGUGGCGGGCAAUAUGUUGGCGCGGGUGUGGCCGUGUCGGAUCCCCAUCGGCAGUAGUAUCCCGCGUCGCAGUCGGGUCCAGGGGAUGUCAGGCGUGGCGCACUGCAGUACUUGCCCGGAGAGCUGAUGUCAAUGAAUGCGAUCGACGUACGAACAAUGCAGCAAUGUGGGAACGCCUCUCUGUCGCUCGCUUACCAUUCUGCACACUCAGAGCUGUUUGUGAGGUGCUCCAGGGCGCCGUAUGUGCCGACAGGGCAGUCGAGCGGUGUGUCGGUGCUGCCCUCGCAAUAUUGGCCCUGGGGGCAGGCGACGGGAGCUGUCAAGCCAUCGGUGGCGCACACGAAGCCCGGCGGGCAUGUUUUGCAGCUCAGCUGUCCGACCCAGUCCUGGUACUCCCUGCAUACCCAUGGAUACACAGGCAGGAGGUAUGUCAAGUCGGUGGCGUGUGCGUAUGGCAUGUAUGGGUAGGUGAUCUAGUACUGGGGGCUGCAUGGGUCGGGAAAGGCGUUGUUGCCCGCACAGCUGUGGCCCGCAUAGCAGAGGAACUGUGUCGAUGACUGCACAACGUACACACACAAAGAGACAGAGAGAGACAUGCCUCAUCCCGUCUCGAAUGGCUGCAUGACAUUGGCUUGCCUUGGAUCCCGCUGGGCAGAAGAAGCCCGCCUCGCAGUCCCCCGUGAUGGCCGUCUGCGCCGUUCCCCAGCAGUACUGGGCCUCGUCACACUCAGUGCAAUCAAGGACGCCCGUCGCCUGCUCGGUGUCUCUAUAACGACCUGCUGGGCAGCGGACGGGAUCGGAUGUGCCCUCCUCGCAGUAGUGGCCGACAGGGCACUCCCCGUACGCGCGAACGGGGGGGCCAGUGGUGUUGUCUGACGGACACUGGUUCACGUCGAUCGUCCCUCCAGGGUUGUUCUGCUCCGCCAGCUGCUUGCACACAUAGCCGGCGCUGCACGUGCCGAGAGGCGUCCCACUGCCGUUGCAGAACACCCCGUUUGGGCAGGGGGUCGGCUGCGUGGAUCCCUCGGGGCACGUGUAGGCGUUUGUGCACUGGAAGCCGUUCUCGGCUGCUGAGGUGGGAGUGCUUGAUGUGGUGCCGCCCUCGCAGUAGUAGCCCUCUGUGCAGUCAUCCACGGGGUAGGCCAGGGCAGUCGCGUCACAGUACUUGCCUAUAUUGAAAUGCAGCCACCACCACAAAACACAGACGCUGGGUGGUGGGUGCACGUCGAUUGUGUACCUGGCGGGCAGUCUACGCACUGGGAGACUUCCCACCUCGCCGUGAAGUUGUUGUAGGUCCCUAUGGGGCACUCAGCUCCCGUCGCAUUGGGUGUCCGCACCGGACAAUAGUAACCCUGCACACAGACAAAACACACGAGACACGAUGCCCAUGACAUUCAUUACCCGGCUGACCCCUUGGCACUCAAAGGCGUCUGUGCCGUUGCAGGUGAAUCCCUGUGGGCAGUCGAUGCAUGUGCUCUGCCCCUUGAAGGGCUGGUAUUCGCCGUUAGUGCACGGCACUGCCGCCGGGGAGGCCUCGGGGCAGGCGUGCCCCUCCGGACACUCCCCUCCACUCGGUUGAUGCCAUGUCGAGUUUUCAAGGCAGAAGAAGCCAGCCGUGCAGUUGCCUGUCGGCUCCGUCAACCCUCGAUCAGCACAAUACCUGGCCCAGACACACACACACACACACACACAGACCGAGAGGAAGCAAAAGAAAGUGAAAUCAGCAACCUUCUGCAUUUUGUCCUGUGUUGAAGAUCACUCACUCGCCCGCGGGGCAGUUGUCACAGUCGGAUAGCUCCUCGUUCCUGGUGUCAUUGGAGAAGCUACCCGGUGGGCAGAGGACCUCUCGCCCGCUGCCUUCAGGGCAGUAUGCGCCAGGGGGGCAGUCGUUCUCGUUGUUGAAAAUCGCGCCGCCAUCGCAGUAGUAGCCCGCUAAGCACGGGCCGUCUGGCGCAUCCAGGCCGUUAGUGGCACAGUAUUGUCCUGAAAGAAAGACAGAGAGAGAGAGAGAGAGAGGGUUGGUGGGGUAUGGUCGUGUGUACAUAUAUGGCAGAGUGAGAUGUGCUGACCGUAGUCGCAGAUGUACGGCCCGGUCGACCCUGUGGGGCAGUAAGUGCUCGCCACGCACUCGGCCCCUCCCUCGGUCACAACAUCGGUGGGCGCGCUGCCAGUCGCCCCGCCCACGCAGUAGUGACCCUGCUGGCAGGGGCCUUGGACAGAGUCACUGCACACGAGGCAAGGAUAGUCACUAUGAGUGGGCGGGGCUUGCGAGGGAGGGUGAUGUGGCUGGCUGGCUAACUGACGGACCUGCCAGCACUGUCGCAGAAGUUUCCUGGGUCGCAAGGGACGCAUCCGACGAUGGACUUGGUCUGGUUCUGGCUGUUGUACGUGCCGAUGGGACAUGCGUACUGGUUGGACAGCUGUGUGCCUGACGUACCAUAGAGAAACCAUGUCCACAUCUCGUUCGUCAUGCAAUCAAUCGUCGUGCAUUGGUUGACGGACCCUCAGGGCAGUAGUGUCCCGCGUCGCAUUGUGAGGUGGCGUAGGUGUCCAGCCCGGCCACGCAGAAGAAGCCGCUUGGACACACCAGACAGCUCGCCGCUUCCUCGUCCGGAUUGUACGUGCCUGCACGACACAUACAGCCAUGCAGAGCAGACAGUCCCUCCCUCCCUCCCUGCCACUUUCCCUUUGUGUCUAAGUCACCGGCAGGACAGUCUUCCUCAGCUGCGCUUCCGAGUGGGCACCGCUUGCCCGUCCCGCACCGAAACUCUUUUGGCUGCACUUGACCGUAGGGUGAUCCUGUGGGGCAGUACCAGCCCUCGGGGCACAGACCGGCGGGCAGCGCCAAACCAAUACCAUAACAAUAGGAGCCUUAUAUCAUCCGAAAACAGACAGACAGACAGACAGACGACCAGACACAUUGACAAAUGAUCCUCCCAUUUUUCGAACACGACCUCACUCACCACCAGGGCACGGCUUGCAAGCUAAGGGGGAGGUCUGCUGUGUGAGAUCGAGGUACUGCCCCCGCUCGCAUGGCGUUGGCGCCGUGGAUCCAACUUCACAUGUGAAGCCCAUCGGACAGGGGCCCCCCGCCGCAGUGAGGAACGGGGGCGUGGCCGUGGCCGAGCCACCGGUGCAGAAGUGGCCCGCCGUGCAGUCAGCGUCCACAAUGGUGGCUUCUGUCAUGCCCGUCCCAGCACAAAACUGACCUGAAGACACAGCACACCCACAGCACAAGCAGCAUGCCCGUGGACAGUGUGUGUCCCCCCGUGUGUGUCUUGGGACAAGAGACCCACCUGGAGGGCAUUUGAGGCAUUCCUCUUCGUGUGCAUAGGGCGCGACACUGGUGUUGGCAUAUGUGCCGGGUGGACAGGGUAUCUCAGCAUCGCUGCCUAGCGGACAGGCCGCGUUGUCGCUACAGUCAACGCCGUCUGUCAUCCCCACUGUGUCGCACAUUUUCCUGAAGACCAAAGGUGAACACAUACGCACACAUUCAUGUGCGUCGGUCCGGUCCGGGCUGCUUGGUUAUGAGUGCUCUCUCUGGCUCUGUGACCGACCGUGGUUUGCAUGGUGCGCAUUCGUCUCUUGCCGAAAGGGCAUUGUAAGUGCCCGUGGGGCAGUCCAGCUCCGCGUCGAACCCAGACCGCGUGAAGUGCCCGGGAGAGGCCUCUAUUUGAGUCGGCUUGCUCGCACUACCCGUGCAGUAGUAGCCCGGCAGACACUCACCUGAAGGCACACCACACACGAUCGCAGGCUGGGUCCAUUGUAGACAGACUGAACGAGUGGAGGGACGUGUGGUUGCGUGCCUGAUGGCUGUGCCUCGUUGGACCCUCCGCAGUAGAAGCCGCCAGGGCAGUUGGUGCAGUUGGCUUGGCUCUCUCCGCCGGGGUCGGGGUUGUAGGUGCCCGGGUCGCAGAAGUCCUUUAGAGACGAACCCGCCGUGCAGUAGCCGCCAGGAGUGCAGAUGGUCCCGGUCACGUUGUCGGAGGGGUCGGGCUGGGAAGCGCCGCCCAAACACGUGUGCCUAUACACACAUAUAUACAGAGAGGGAGACAUUGGCGGGGAGCCUUCUCUCUCUCUUCUGAUGCGAUGCGUUUGUAUGGCCGCGGCUCACUCACCCAGCAUCGCAGUCGCCCUCGGGCUCCCUCAGCCCGGUACUCUGGCAGUACUUGCCGGGCGUGCAUGGCGUGCACAUGUCUUCGUCGCGCAGGUUGGUCACAUUGCCGAAUUUGCCGGCUGGACAGGGUGUUACAGUAGGGCUCCCGGGAGGGCAGUAGUUGCCAGCCGUGCAGUCAGUACGGCCCGCCCCAUCAGGACAGUAAAAUCCCGACAGGCACUGGCCGCAAUCCGUUUGAUCCUUGCCGCCAUAGUAGUCCCUGCGAGCAACAUAGGACACCAACCGCAGCUGUACACGUGUGUGCGUGGGCUCCUCAGACUCUUCAAGCCCCCUCACCUGUAUGUGCCGGCAAGGCAGUUGUGUUCGUCAGCGACGUCGCUCCCGCCGUCGCAGUAUUUGUUGGGCGCACACAAACCGUCCGGUUCGAAGCUUCCCGCUGCGGAGACGUACUUUCCGGCGGGGGCUUGCAGACACGCCGCAUUUGAGUCCUAACGAACGAGCGAUCCGGGAGAGAAGGAGCCGCAUGUCACGGUGGAGAGAGUCACAUGGAGACAGACGCUCUUGCUACCUGUCCUGGGUAUGGGUUGUAUGUGCCAGCGAGGCAUGGCUGUGCUGCGGUGUCGCCCUGAGAACCGACACAUUGACAUGGUGAAAAACAGACACACAGACUGACUGACAAAGGGCUCCUUCUUCCUCACUUGGGGACAGUAGUAUCCCCGCGGGCAGGGCCUGGUGUUGAGUGUGGGCCGGUGGUCAACACCCGUGACGUCACACAACGUGCCACCCGGACACUCAGUCCAAGCCGAGCUAGGGCCCGUCACAUUUUCGGCAGGCGUUGUGUCGGAGUCGCAGUAAUGGCCCAACACGCACGCCGUACCUGAACUCACUCGCCAAUUCACACAAACAUAAGAAACACCAUGUUUGCACGUGUCCAUCGGCUUACAUCCGGUCUGUCCCUCUCGCGAAUAGUAUCCCUUGCCGCAAGGCUGCGGCAACGGCACGCCCUCCAGGCAGUAGUAUCCCGGCGGGCAGACGGCGCACUGGUUGUCGGUGUUGGGGACGUACGAGGGUGGGGCGGGAUGUCUGGUGGUGAGGUCCCAGACGCCUGUGACGCCUCGGUUGAUGCUGAAGGAUGCCAUGUUGGAUGUUGCCUCGGGGCAGGGAAUGGGGUACACUGUCCCUGCCAGACAGUACAUGCCCUCCGGGCCUGCACAAGGACCGACACACGUGAAGACAUACACCUCUCUUUCUGGACAUGGGUGUGAGUGUAGCUGUGUGUGUACAAUAGUCGCAGUCCGCCUCUUGGAUGAGGUCUGUGCGCGUGGUGUAUCGGCCGCUGGGGCAGGGGUUGGCAAGGGGAUCGGUCGUAUUCGCAGGACAAAAGUGACCUACUCACACACACACGUAGACACACACAGAGAGAGAGAUGAAGAUAAAGAGAUAUCUCUCCUCUCCGGCCACAGGUCACCUUUGGCGCACGGUCCGUCUGGGGCCGCCUUGCCCCCCGAACAGAAAAAGCCGGGCGGGCAGCCGAGACACUGACCGUCGUGAGUGAGGCCGGUGUAGGGAGAGUAGGUGCCAGGGUCGCAAGGGUUCUGUGUUGGGUACUCCGUGCGCAGCGGGCAGUAGUGGCCGAUGGGGCAAGGCUGCGGAGGGAACGCCGGCCCGCCCGUACCCAACGCACACACUUUGCCUGUGUGUGAGAGACACACUCAGCUCAUGCGGCGUUCCGCCUCGUCUAUGUUCGUGUCCACGGCCAUGACUUGUUGGUCUCCCUUACUUACCGGCAGGGCAAUCCACACAGUCGGCGGGAUCCUCGCCGUCGAUGGCAUCGAGAUACGUGCCGCGGGGGCAGGGGAACUCCUGGGGCCACCUGUGUCAAGACGAAGAAGACACAAUGCGCUUGUCUACCACAUACGGUGGCCACUGAAGUCUCUCUCUCACACCGAUGUCACUGACCUGGUGCCAGGAAUGCUACCAGCGAGCGGGCAGUAAUAUCCCGCCGAGCAGUUGACCGAGGCCGAGGCCAUGCCGAAAAAGGGGCAUGCCUUGCCGGCAUCACACUGGACACAGCUUGAAGAGGGCCCUUGGCCUGAAUCGGGAUUGUAUGUCCCAGGAUCGCACGGGAUCGGAGCCAGCAGCCCAACUUCCCCUGAGUUCCAUUUGGGGUCAGCAGGGUCGCAGUAGUGACCCGCAGGGCAGUCGAGGAAGUGACUCGGAUCAGAAAGGCCUCCUCUCUUGCCGCUGUAUUUUCCUCCUGUAGGCGCGACUGGCGAAUUGUCCGCUGGCGUUGUGCCUGCACGGCAGUAGUAGCCGAUGGGGCAUGGCGUCAUGGCAUCCCGCGACGCGCCGCGGCACCAGCGGCCGGCGGGACACGCGAGGCAGUCGGUUGCCCAAUUCGACUGCCAACAGAUACACACAUUUGAAAAACCGAUGAUGAGCAAUGUGGCUGCCAAAUUGCCCAUCGGUGUGCGUCGUCGACUCACUCACCUGUCCUGGCGUAGGAUUGUAUGUGCCAGCGGGACAUGCCGUGCCCGCGGGGAUACUACUGUCCCCACCGUCGAGUGACCCGGUGCCUGUCGGGCAGACAUGGCCGCGGCGGCAGAGCAGGUCGCCAUUGAUUGCCCUGGUCGCCGCUGGGCACCAGUAGCCUGCCAAGCAAGCCCCACAAGCAGUGUUUGCACCACCACCGCCGGACUCGCCACUGAUGACAGCACGAGACACAACCCUUGUCGACUGGAUGACUGUUGAUGGUGUGCGUGUAUGUGGUUGUAUCUUACGGCGGGCAUGGGACAGCAUAGCGGGGCGUGCCCGCCAGGUAACUAAACCCCAGUGGCACCAAAUCUGUGUCGGGGUCGGUUGACCCGCCCUGACAGAGAUACCCAGCGUUGCAAUUCGCGCAUCCAGUCACCGGCGUGUUGGAGUACGUCCCAGCACGGCACUGCUGCGGCUGAUAGUUGGCUGACGGGCAGAAGUGGCCGUCGGGGCAGGGGGUGCACGCACUCGCCCCUCCAAGUGAGUAGUUAGGGGCUGUACACAAAGUCGCGCUCAGGGCCGUGCACGAGGAGCCGGCGGGACACGGCAGGCAGUGGGCGCUGUUUGCAGCCGAGUACGUGCCGGUCGAACACGCCACUGUGACCGCCUGGUCGAACUCGGGACACAUGGUGCCGGCUGCACAGGUGUCACAGCUCGUCUGGCCGCCCGUCGAAUAUCGACCUGAUGGAGCAGCCAGCAACAAGACAUCCCAAAAAGUCAGCCAGCCAGCACUAUGUGCGUGUUCUUCGAUCUCUGUUGUACCAGGCAGGCAGGGAUCCGGGGGUUGAGCGGGGUCACCGCAUUCAUGCCCGGGGGGACACGGUCGACACGCCAGGUCACCCGGCAAAGAAUAGUCAGGGGCGGAGCACGUGACUUUCGGUAAUUUGGGGUCGGGGCACGCCUCUCUUGCGACGCACGGAACACACAGGGUAGCUUGGGCAGCACUCAUGGUGCCUAGCGGGCACGGGAUGGGCUGUGCGUCGACACGGGGGCAGAAGAAGCCUGCUGGGCACUCCGUGCAAGCGGUAGCGCGGCCGAGGGAGUAGAAGCCUGGGUUGCAAGCCGCUGGUGCCGCCGUUUUGUCAAAACACCUGCAGAUAUGCAUCCACACACAUACACGGAGAGAUCACAUGGGGGGUGGGGUCGGGCUGCGGUUGGCUGGCACGACUGACUGUGAUCCUGCGGGGCACGGAAGGCAGAAGGUCUUGAUAUUGAGGGCGUCAUUGUAUUCCCCGUCGGCGCAGGGCGUCGUCGUGUUGCCGCAGCUUUCGCCAGCGGGGCAAUCGGCGCAGUCGGGCCCGUACUCGCCAUUCGCCGUGUCGCACAGAGUCUUCACUGGACACACACAAAGAGAGAGAGACACCACAUUCACAGAGGGAUCGUUGGCCGUGGUCUACCCCCUCUUACCAACUUUGACGUGCACGCGGCUGCCGGGGACGAAGUUGGCAUUGAGGCCAUUGAACCGUGAGUCGCUUGGAGCAACGGCGGUGAGGUCGCAAAAGACAUCGACGGUCAUGGGCCAUCUGGUGGCGUACGGGCCCACAUCUAGAGUCACUGUCUUGGCUGAAGUGUCUCCCGUCAGCCAUUGGACGGAGGUGGCUGAGGGCGUCACCUCAGGAGCCGGGCAGUUCACGUUGACUGUCACAGUGCCAGAGGCAGCACCUUCCAAUUCCACAGUGAACUGUGCGGCAGAGGUGGUGUCUUCCUGUGCGAUGAGGGCGUUCUCGGAGACAACGAUGCCCGCGGUCUUGUCGUCGAGCACACUCACGUGGAACUUGCCAUCCGGUGGAAAGAUCGGCGGAGCUCCGGUCAGCGGAGAGGUCACUGCGUGGGUGAUGUCGUACUGAACUCUCUCACCGUGCGGAUCUGUGUACGCGAGGGCGUUCACAGUGACGUUGACGCCGGCAGUCGACCCAGCUGAGAUGGUCACCGGCGCUGGGUUGGCGGUUAUUCUGGUGGGGUCGACCCCAGACACCGUCAGAGAGAUAAUGACGUCAGCUGGCGGCGGGGCAGUGGCGUAGAUAGUGUAUGUCCCGGAUGUGCCCUCGAUGAUGGACAUGGCGGGCGGCUCGAUGAUGACGGCAUAGGUGUCGUCGCUCAGGACAUCGAUGUAUAGCUCGCCGCUGUUGCUGACAUCGGUCAGCGCACCGCGGUACGCUCGAUGGGGUCCCGGGUUUUUGUACGCGAGGUCGGCUGACGUGCUGGGAUCGUGGCUGAGAGCCGCCCUGAGGGAGGUACCGCCGCUGACGCUGCCAUCAACGCCUGUGACCGUCACAUACUGCCGCCGAAACCUGAGACACGCGCAGACAAGAAAGGUGGACUGCCUUUGUCUGUGCCUCCAUCUCCCUCUCUCUCGUCUGUCUGUGUUCUUGUGUGUACCAUGAUUCGGUGGAGAAGGUGAGCUGUGUGGGCGACACGGUCACUUCUUGCGGUGGAGUAGUGGCAUUCGACGUUAUGUCGAUCACAACAGUGUCCGACGGCUGAGUGCCCAGCCGCACCCAGUAGGUGGUCGAAUGGCCCUCCUACCCAUGCGCAACACACCAAGAGGCACAGAUGCCUCACUCGCGACAUGCAGGCCUCCUCUCCCCGUCUCUGUGUGACUGACUCACCAUGAUAGUGCUGGGCUGUGAUGCGAUGAUGCUCGCGUUCUUGUAUUCCGUGUCGAAGCUGGCCGAUAGGGCCGAGGCACCACCGCAGACCGUGGUCGUGCACACCGCCCGCCAUUGGUCGCCUGUGCCCGUUGCGAUCAUGGCCACGGUAAAGGUCGCCUCGCCAUACAUAUCUGUCGUGCCGGUGAGGGUCGGCGGCCCCCCGCCGCCGUCGAGACUCAUCCUGCACAUCAAAAAGCCGUGUCUCUCAUCCACCCAACAUGUCUCUGUCCCGACUCUCUCUCUCUCUCUGUCUCUCUGUCUGUGCGGUGUGAACGUGUGGUUGGUCACUCACUGGACAGUGUAUCCCUCCCCCGAGGCAGAUUUUGAGUCGUAGAGAGGGUUGCCGCCCACGUCGACCAGUCGCACCUUGACUGUGGCGCUCUCGCCCACAUACAUCGGGUUAGGCGGCUCGAUCACCCACUCGACUCCCUCUCCAAGCCCGCGCCAUAUGCUGAACGCCUCAGACAGGCCGGUCAGGCCACCUGGCUCUGUCGCGCGAAGCCGGUAGGUGCCUGCCUUGUCAAUCGAGAGGCCCACGAAGCUAGCCUCACCCAAGGCGGCUGUCUCUACGGUGGUUCCAUAAAGCGUCGCACAUGAGUCCGUGGCCACUGUAAGUGUCACGUCGUCAACGAAGCCUUCGUCGGUGUUGCCGAAUUGGUCCACGGCAAUCACUGUCGGCUGCGAGUCGAAAGACGCCCUGGAAUAGGCAGACGACGGGCUGACCGAAAACCUGACACACAAGAACGAGACAGACGUUUGCUGGGCGGGCGCGUGUGUGUGCGGAUGUGUGACUGGCUCAUUACUGGAGAGCGUUGGCAGCCUUGGGGAUGACAUUAAAGGUAUUGGAAGUAAUGGGUCUGUAGCCAGAGGCAUAUGCAAUCAACUGAUACCCAGCUGCACAACACACAGAAAGAAAAGCAGACACUCCGCUUGCAGUUCCAACCGCCUUGUCUCUGCUGACUCACUUCCUGCCGUCGUAAUGACGAGGUCAUUAAAAGUCACCGGGUCCGCGGGAGACUGUUUGGUGGUCCCUAUGAGCUCCACUGGCGAGUCGACAGUCACAUGCACGUCACCUCCCUGGUCCGCACCUGACAACGCGAAAGUAAUUGAGUCGCCCGCAGUGUAAGAGCCGGUCACGUCCGUCGAUAUGCCGAAUGUAUUGGGCGUAGCGUCGCUGAUAGUGAAAGGAUCGCUCUCGACGGACACGGCCUCGGAUCCCCCUUCCAUGCCGUAAGCAUAGGCAAGCAUCCUGUAUGUCCCGGUUGACGUAACAAAGACGUUGCUGAAGGUGGCGACUCCUGCGGCUGACGUGAUUGCGACGGUGUCACCCUUGAGCACGGCUGCCGUCGCAUCGUUGAGUGUGAGUGUCACAGCCACCCCACCAAGUGGUGCUACAGGACCGCUGGCUUGCACAAAAACAGUUAUUUGCGCGAGAGCCUCGAACACACGGGCGUCUGAAGGCGGGGCGGGUCCAGCGGGCUGGGCCGUGAAGCUGAUGAAGUAGGGAGACGCAGCAAGGCAUCGCUGGACGCCAAUGAUGAGCAGCAGGGCAGCGAGAGAGGCCCAUGGCCUCCCCAU